CACCGCUUGACCCAGUCUCAGCAGAGGCGUUACAAGGUAAUAACUCCGAACUCGGGUAUAAAUAUCAGUCGAACCCAAAAAAAAUUAGGCUUCAACGAGAAAAAGCUCCACCUCCCAAGAAGGACUAUCUAAAGAAAAUAAUUGUUCUUUUUGAGAGAGUUUCACUCGAGAUGAAGACAAUCUUGUGCUUGCUCAUCUCACUCGCUGUGACACAGGCGUAUUUUUACGCCCCGACUUGCAAAUCCGGAAAACAGCCGUGCUACCUGUUUGGCUGCGGCUCCAACCAGUUCCAAGUCCCCGUGGGACUGAACUACGGCUGUUGCCAGCACCAGAUUUUUGACCAUCGCAACUACAUCUGCGCGCGCAUUAAUGGUGUGAUCGGUGCGCACAAAUGCGACGUUUGCAGCCAGUUUAAGUGUAAUAAUGGUCACUGCGUUCACCGGAACUGGAAAUGUGAUGGUUCGAAUGACUGCAGAGAUGGCACGGAUGAAGUCGGCUGCGGAAAAUGCGGGAGUACCCAGUUCCGUUGUCGUAACGGCAACUGCAUCAACCGAAACUACGUGUGUGACAAGGAUAACGAUUGUGGAGACGGCUCAGACGAGGUCGCCUGCAGCAGGCUCAACGGUGGUUGGUGCGGUGCUGGGCAAUACCGCUGCGAUAAUGACAGGUGCAUUCCCCUGAACUGGGUGUGUGACCGUCUAAACGACUGUCAUGACAACUCCGACGAGUCGGGCUGCAGGGGGGUGUACGGGAAGAGAGCGCUUAACAAGAAGCUCAAACUCGACGAGCCAGACGAGAUCAAGACAUUGGACGAGAGCAACGACUUGACUUCCAACAAUGAACCCGAAUCGGACGAAAACUCGGCCGAAGCGAAGGCGCGUGCGAAAAAAUAUCCGCCAAAGAAAAACAAUGUCGAUGUCGAGGAAGAAGACAAAGAACCUGAUGUUCCCGACCAGAAGAAGAGCGGCUAAACGACCUUAUACUGAGGGUUAUCUUUUUUAUCCACUUGAUUUUACGAUACAAAAUCAGAAUCAAUAAUUCAAAGAGAAAACAAAAAGUUGUAGUAAGGCAGUUUUGCAUCUCAUUUUGAGUUUGCUUUUGAAGUUUGUGAAAUAAACGUGAGCAUCAAACAA